GUAAGAGUUUAAAACCCGAAAACCAUCAAUGAAAUCUUCUCCGGUCUUUUGAGGGGAAAUCGAACAAAAUGAGCGACACACAUCAGUUCAUAAACAUACCAUUAUUGAAACAAGUCGAUUGCAGUUGCUAGUUCCCCCAACAAUUAACACUAUAAUUAGAAUGCUGGAAUGCAUCUCCUUCAACUCCUCCACUCCUUCACCACGCAACAACCUCCCUCCUCCUUCAAAUUCACAAGGAGACAACUCAACACCAUCAACAAGCCCAAACGUCUCUCGCGAAUACGAUCUAGCAGUUCAAGCACCUUCCUACAACGAAAUCCUUACAAUCAUCCAACCCCCUCUUCAACUUCACAACAUCCAAAUUCAACAACAACAAGAUGAACACGACGAAGAUGAUGAUUCACACCACCGCGAUAUCCUCACACAAGUUCUCCAACCCGACUCUAACAGCGUCCGCGAAACACUAGCAAACGCCAAACCCGAAAGUGCUCUCACGCGCCUCGUUUCUUCAUACUUCGACCAUAGCGAAACCACUUCACACCUUUGCCUCCUCCUCUUCAACACCGUCCGCAUCGCUCGUCAAAUGUAUAAACCUAUCUCCGAUUUCAUCUCCGUUCUUCCCGAUGAUUCCUCUUCCCUCUCUCAACCGCAAUGCAACACCGCUUACGAUCUGUUCGUCCAAUUCAACCGUCACGAAAAUCCCUUCGUUUUCCCUCAUUUUCAUACUCUACGCAACAGUUUCUCCGAUCUUAAACACAAAAUCAACAUCGACCGUCGUAAAUGCCGUCACAGAAUUCGUCUCUUCCGUCGCGCCACCAUCGGUUGCGCCCUUUGUGCACUUGCCACAGUCUCAAUUGCUGUGGUCACCACCGUAAUUGUUGCCACACAUGCUUCCAUUGGAUUCGCCGCAAUGGUGCCGUUCUGUUUCCGUUUUCCGAAGAAAAAAAAGAGGAAGGAAUUGGCUAGGUUGAAGCAGCUUGAUGCUGCUGAGAAUGGUACUUUUGUUGUGAAUGAUAUUAACACCAUUGAUAGUCUGGUUGAUAGGCUUCAAACUGCGGUUGAAGGCGAUAAGGCUUAUGUUAAAUUUGCAUUGGAGAGGGGAAGGGAUAGACAUCCCAUACAGGAAGUAAUCAAGCAGCUUCGAAAGACGCAGCCGAUUUUCGAACAGUUGCUUAGAGAUCUUGAGCAACAUAUAUAUCUAUGCUUUUAUACUGUUAACAAAGCUAGAUAUGCACUCCUCAAAGAGAUAUCACUUCAUCAAUCUUUGUAGUAAGUCAGUUCCUAUGUUGUGAAAUGUAGAAAUUUAAGGUAUGAUUUGCUGUAAUUAACUUGCAGUACGGGGUUUGUGUUUAUGCUAUAAACGAGUAUCAUGUAAGUGCUUAUUGAUAAACUAUUUAUGUAACAGGAUAGAAUACGGCAAAUUGUUUUCAUAUAAGGUAUAUAAGCCUUAUUUAUAACCUAUUUUGAAGAGCUUAUCAAGUAAUUUAUAGACAUAUUAUAAGUUGUUUUUAUAAGCUCUCCCGAAUAGUCUCACAAAUACUGUCCUUGGAUACGUCAAUCUAAGCAGAUCCUAGUUCUUAUUA